AUGGAGCCAGUGGUGCAGCUGGUUCUUUCCAUUAAGGUCCGAAAAGUGGAUACGCGGGUUGAGGUCGGGUUGAAGGGAAAAGAGCCACUGGGUGACUUUGCAACUGGUUCUUGCACUUUGCACUUGCGUCUGCCGUCUCACUUGCACCUGCCAUUUUUCUUAGCGGCCAGCCUCCUUUCCUCCUUACUCUUUUCUCUCGUCGCACUUUCUUCCUAUCCCCUCAUAAAACGUCAAACCAAAUCUGCUUUCGCCCAAGCCGUGGAUCUCAAGCCCAGACUUCCCAUUUCCAUCAGCAAUGGGCUGGGCCGCCAGCAUAAGCAGAAGACAGCGGGCUCCAGCAGCCUGACACAGCUGGCUUCAGAGACGGCCAUCUCUAGUCUCCUGGUAGUUCCUCAAAGGCUCACCGACCUUGCCGUUCAGGUCUUCGCACGAUAUCACGCCCCCAGAACGUUCGAAAACAAGUUCCGAUUCCCGCACGCCGUUGCGUCCUCAGUUCCGCCCAGACGUCACUUGACACACGGGCUACAUGCCGGUGGCUUGCUUCUACACCGAACCCCCCAACCUCACUCUGGCAAGGCUGCAAAACCGACAAGUCAUAGUCGGAAGCAGGUAAAGGACGGACAGCGAGUCGAAAGCAAGUGCAAGGUCUCGGCUGUACCUUGCCCUGUUCUCUGGACUGAGUACUCCGUACGGGGUAUCUGUAUCUGUAAAGACAAGGACGGUACGAAGACAAUCAAGCUAGGAAGCUCCAGUGCGGUGUGCGCCGUGCCUGCCUCACGGAAUAUUGGGCCCAAUUAUCCACCCGGGCAUGACAACUGCUGCGAACAUCCGCCAACGACGACCCUUUCCGAUGUGAUAUGUGAUGAAUCCGAGGGGAGACAACAAACUCACCAACCUCACCUUCACCGAUGGCCAUCGCCGGUAUCUGGGCCACGCAUAUGCGCAAGCCGCACAUGCGCCCGAUGGCGCUUCUUCUAUCCCACCCCCAUCCAACCACUCACACCAAGCACCAGCAAGCACACCAAGGACAUCCAUCAUUUAGGCACUUGUGCAAGUAGCCGGCCCUCGUACUCGACCACCCUUCCACAGAAACAUGUGCCAUGCCCGUGUACAUCGGACACUUCAAUGGACACUCUGCUGGGAGCCCGAUCAACAAACAACCUCCGCGAGCACACGCACACACACAGGCUUCUUAUCGUUCCCAAUAGGGCACCGUCAAGCGCGGGUUCCUUCCGGUCCACGCACAGAACCGACCGAUUGUUCGGUGCCGUUUCAAAUUCUGGCCAGACUCAUUCUUCGGCGAGGUUAAACGUUUCUACCUGGGCAAAACCGAAGCAGACUAGAAGAACUCUGCUCUUCCUACUGCCGUCGUGGGAUUGGCCCCCCCGUCAGUUAUCUUUUCCCCGUCGUCCCAAGGCUGGACGCCACAGGCUGCGCGUUGACAUCCAGGACCGACUUUUGGCUAUCAAAUCGGGACCGAGCCCCAUCGAGAAUACAUCGACAUCGUUCUACGACGGACAGCUGGGAACUUCCGUUGUCUGCUCGUCUCCGCUCCUUGGAAGCCUUCGACCAAUCUUCCAAAAGCCUCAGCCAUUGGGCGGUCCCGACAUCACUAAUCAUCAUUCAAUCACAAUCUACCGCCAUCAUUGCACGUUCCCGCUGCCCUGUGCGCCGGAGCACACGCCCACCCGCAGAACGGGACAGGAUGAUCUUCCCACUGGACUCAUGCUGGAGCACUUUGUAGUGCUAGCUGAUGGGCUCCAGAUGCUUGUCUUGCUGUCGUUUCUUUGGACCAUGUCCGAAUCCCCUCAGCUCGCCCGCCUCGCCGAUGCGGCCAGAUGCAAUUUGCAUCGGUCGGCACUGCAGACGCCAGCAGCAUGCGCGAUCUUGACUCGCUGCCGUUCCCAAAUCGAUCUUGCUUCCCGUCUGCACAUCGCUCGGCGCCAAGUACAAUACAUACGCUCACGUUGUCGCCCUUCUGAUUUGUCCGAACCAGCGAUUUUCAGUACCACCGGGCAUGGCAGCGGUCAACGCGGUCCAGCUUCACCGCGCACUUUUGCUCCUCCACCUUUCAAGGGUAAAAAGGGGAUUCACGGGCUGCUGUGGAGGUUUGCCUUGUCAUACCCACACGAUCCAGGCGUUCAUCCGCGACUUAGGUUGGAAUGGCGCCCGCCGACUCCAAACAUUUUCCCCGAAGCUUCAGGUAGCUGUCAGUCCGCCCGAACGGACACAACAUCACCAUCGCGUGGUGAGCGUCUGUUCGCCUCAACGCCUCAUGUUUCAGAAGACCCGAUUGACUUGCUUCAGCCUCCCUUCAUCUAUUUGCACGGAUUAUGGCCCAGAUAUCCGUCCUGCGAUAAUUUUAUUUUUGCUAAAUUUUCCAACAUACGUACGUCCUCGCAUCCUAUCUGUCGAGACUCGAGCGGCAUGUCCGGUCUGUAUUGCAGAAGAGCCCGCAAAGGAUCGCUGAGGGAGAAAGAAACGGGACUCGUUGUUCUCGACGAAAUGCCAGGCUUAUUCGGCCUGCCAGAUCGCUGGGUGGCCCACUCAACCGCAUUUGCAGGGGUCAUAUUCGCAAAAAUGACCAAACUAAGCAAAGAUUACCCGUUGCGAGGGUUCCCAUCCAGAUGGAUCUCCUUUGUCAAGACAAGGGGACGGCUUUCCAUUAAUGAGACGGCAGAGCCCGCCAGCUGGGGUGCUUUCAGGGAUGUCUUGCUACCGUACCACCCCAGUAAUCUUGUUCUUCUCUGGGCCCCACGUUUCGAUUCGACUCGGAACCGGCUCCGUCCCUAUUUCACUACCGAAACGUACCGAACGGGCGACCAUUCUGCGAGAGAAUAA